AUGAAUGGUGAUUGUACUGCUGUUCGUUUUCCGUGUGAAUACUGUGACUGCUCUGGCAUUUCAUGCCAAUCUCGAUUUCCAGGUUCGAAGGUGGUGUGGCCAGAACUAAAAGGAGUAAGUGCGCCUGAAGCAAAGAGAAUGAUUGAAAGUGACAAUCCACAUGUUAGUGGUGUUAUAAUCCCUGAAGAUGUUCGUGUCGUAGAAGUCUAUUGUUGUAACCGUGUCGUUCUCCGUGUUCCUGUCGGGAAUUGUCCCAACGGUCCUGUCGUUAACAUUCCUCUAAUUGGAUGA